AUGUGGGGAUUUCGCUCAUCAUCAACAUUAGCAAACAUAUUUCUCCUUCUCUUAGUUGCCAUGAACCUUUCAGUAAGCCAUGUUUCAGCUUCUAAACAAUUUCAAAAUGAGACUGAUCUUCUUGCUCUGCUUGAAUUCAAGAAUCAGAUAUACGAUGAUCCGUUUGGAGUCCUGAAUUCCUGGAACCACUCACAACACCAUUGCCAGUGGGAAGGAGUCACAUGCAGUGCCCGACAUCAAAGGGUCAUGACCUUGACUCUAAGGGAUAAGCACUUGUCUGGAACCAUAUCUCCUCAUGUCGGAAAUCUAAGCUUCAUGAGGUUCAUCCAACUUCCGGGGAAUCAAUUCCAUGGUGAGAUUCCCCAAGAAUUUGGUCGCCUCUUCAGGCUAAGAGCCUUGAACCUGUCACGUAACGCAAUCAGUGGAAAGAUCCCAGUAAACUUGAGCUACUGCUUAGAGUUGAUAAAUAUUAGCCUAAUGGGGAACAAUCUAGAAGGGAAAAUUCCGAUCGAUCAGCUGAGCAAUUUGAAGAAGCUUGAAAAUUUUUAUCUUGGCCAGAACAAUUUGACAGGAGAGAUUCCCUCUUCCAUUGGGAACCUAUCUUCAUUGAUCAGAAUUGGUCUCGAGUACAACCACCUGGAGGGAAAUCUGCCUAUGGAGAUGGGGCUCUUAAGAAGGUUAGCUGUAUUCCUAGCCGCAGAAAAUAAUCUAUCUGGUAUAAUCCCUGCCUGUAUCUUUAAUAUUUCAGCCGUUGCUGAGAUUUAUGUAGCUGGCAAUUCCUUUCAUGGCAAUCUCCCAACCAACAUAGGUCUCACCCUACCAAAUUUGAAAAUUUUAGGUGUUGCGUCAAACAAGUUCUAUGGAAACUUUCCAACUUCAAUCACCAAUGCUUCUGGGCUUGAGAAACUUGAUCUUUCUAGAAAUAAGUUUAAAGGCCAAAUCCCAACUAAUUUAGGAGAUCUGACAAAUCUUCAAUUCCUAAAUCUUGCUGUCAAUCUCUUCGGCAGUCAUUCUACGGAAGACUUGGACUUUAUUGCAUCACUGACCAACUGCAGUAAUCUGAGCGUUAUUUCCGUGAGUUACAAUAAUUUUGGAGGUAAUAUACCAAAAGUCAUGGGCAAUCUAUCAAAUCAACUCACUAAAUUGUACCUGGGAACAAAUCAACUGUCAGGAACUAUUCCAGAAGGAUUUGGAAAUUUUGUCAACCUAUAUCUCCUUACCCUUGAAGAAAACCAUCUUUCAGGGGUCAUUCCAAGAGAUUUUGGCAAAUUACAAGAUUUGCAAAGAUUGCGUCUGGACCAAAAUGAGUUGUCAGGACAGAUAGUCUCCACCCUAUGCAAUGCCACAGGUCUAUACUAUCUGAACUUAUCAUUUAACCAGUUUGAAGGGGGCAAUAUAUUUGACAAUGUUCUUAUGAGAUGUCAAAAUUUGCAAUAUCUGGAUAUAUCUCAUAACAACUUCACUGGAAUUAUAUCACCACAAUUUUUGCAGACGCACUCAUCACUGAUGUACAUCAAAAUUGGUGAAAAUUCAUUUAGUGGUUCUCUGCCUCCUGAAGUUGGAAAGCUUAUACAGUUGGUGGAUUUCAAUGUUUCCCACAACCAAUUUGCUGGAGAUAUACCCAUGUCACUUGCUGAUUGUUCAAAUCUGGCGAAUCUUUCCAUGCAGGCCAAUUUUUUCCAAGGAACAAUUCCACCAAAUUUGGCUUCUUUGAAGAGCAUCCGGCAAAUAGACCUUUCAAAUAAUAACUUGACUGGAUCAAUACCAAAGGAACUUGAGAAGCUUCAAUAUUUGAGGUACUUGAACCUUUCCUACAAUGACAUCGAGGGAGAGGUACCAAACACAGGGAUUUUCAGCAAUGCAAGUCAAAUGUCAUUGAUUGGCAACGACAAACUCUGUGGAGGCAUUCCGGAAUUGGAGUUCCCACCUUGCCCAGUGAUUAAGGGGAAAAACAGAGGAAAGCUGAAGGUUAUCAUAUUGCUGUCCAUUGUUUUACCGGCAACGCUUAUGGUUCUUGGUACAGUGUUGUUAUAUCUCCUGGUAUAUCGAAAAAGAGAAAGAAGACUGGUGGCCGGAUUCUCUAGCAUGCCUACAAGAGUGAAUAAGCUCUUGCGAAUUUCUUACCAUGAACUUCAUCGUGCAACUUCGGGAUUUUCUCCAGAAAACUUAAUUGGUUCAGGACACUUUGGAGCUGUCUACAAAGGCACACUAGAAAAACAUGGCAAUAAGCUUGUAGCAGUCAAAGUUCUUGAUCUUCAAAAGAAUGGGGCUUCCAAAAGUUUUAAGGCCGAGAGCAAAACAUUGAGAAACAUUCGCCAUAGAAACCUCGUCUCUAUCAUGAGUUAUUGCUCCAGUAUUGAUUCCAAGGGUGAUGAAUUCAAAGCUCUAAUCUAUGAGUUCAUGGAAAAUGGAAAUCUGGACCUGUGGCUGCAUCCUUCAGAGACAACUGCUCAGGCAACAAGCUCAAGAAGUCUUAAUCUUCUUCAGAAGCUAAAUAUUGCAAUUGAUGUGGCUUCAGCAUUGCAAUAUCUUCACGACCACUGCGAAGCAGAGAUUGUUCACUGUGAUCUAAAACCAAGUAACAUUCUUCUUGACAAUGAUCUUGUUGCCCAUGUGGGUGAUUUUGGAUUGGCAAGGCUCCUCCCAAAACCCAACAACAGAUCUUCCGAGCAGGGAACCAGCAGUUCUAUAGCCGUAAAAGGGUCAAUCGGUUACGCAGCUCCAGAGUAUGGCAUUCUUUUGUUUGAGAUGAUCACCAAGAGGAGGCCAACAGAUGAUAUGUUCAUGGAUGAGCUAGAUAUACAUAACUAUGUUAACAGGGCUUUGCAUGAACAAGUCUAUGAGAUCGUGGACCCGUUGCUUCUUUUGGAAGGAAGAGAUGAAAACAGAAGAAUUACUCAUGGAGAGGAAACUAUUAAUGAUGGAAGACAGAUUCAUUGCAUUAUUUCCCUAUUGAAAAUUGGAAUGAAGUGCUCUGCAAAAUUGCCAAAUGAUCGGAUGCACAUGAAUGAAGUUGUCAGAAACUUACAUCUCAUUAAGGAUGUUAUACUUGGUCUGAGGGUACAUCGAGAAAAUCUUCAAGUUUGAUAGCCACAGCUGCUUGCUGGUCUGAAUCAUCAAGAUGAAGUUGCUAAUUCGAUGAACUGAUAAAGAAGACAUCUGUGGCUUUUUAUUUGAAAAAAUAAAUGGAUGAUUCAAACAUAUUCCGAGUCUUUCUUUACAAGAAUUGUAUGUUUUGAAAGGUAGUCAAUUGGCUCAAUUCUGCUUGAACAUCUUUAUGCUUCCACAAUAUACAUUAUACAAUAAGAGUAUUUAGUCC